GUUUGGUCAACACGGCAAUGUCAAGUGUCAGUCGCGUGAUAAGACGUGGUGUUACGGGUAUCGCUCUAUAAUUUUUUAUUCAAAUACCGGUUUCCUUUUCACGUAUAAAUGUCUAAAAAUGCUAUUGACUGUAAAAUAUGUAUCUAGGUUGUGUUGUGCAAAUUCUGUGGGUGAUUAACAGUGCAUUGUGACGUGAUUUUGCGACUAUGUCGCGGUAAAGGUUUAGCAGAUUUAAGACAAAAAUAAAGGCUUCUUGUUUUUUAAAAAUGGGUGAUACGGUGAACAAGGACUGGAAGCAGAGCGUCGGUUUCCCGAUCAACUACGAAUCGGCGAGUUCCGAUGAUGAUUUCGACGCCAAGGAUGUGGUGUUCCGCAAUCCGCGUCACUCGUCGAAGUACCUGCUGGCGGACAGCGGGGACGGCUCCGAGGCGGACCUGCUCGGCACCACGCCGCCGCGCUCUAGAAUCCGGGACAAGGAGAGGGGGAGACGGAGUCACCUAGACUCGCCGGGUAUCCAGCGGGUGAUCAAAGAAAAAUGGGACACAGUGGACUUCUCUGCGCAGGACCAGCCGUCCUUACCAGACCGCAUGAAGAAGCGCAGCAGCCUGAAGCUGCUCCGCAGCCGCGCCCGCGACAGCAAGCAGGACCUGGGCCAGGACGUGCGCUCCGACUCGCUGCCGUCGCCCAACCCGCCGGCCGUACCCACCUUAGUGAGUAGAACGGUGGAAUCAUGCAACCGCUUCAUGUGCUUAACCUCCCGGCCGAAGAACCGCGAGUCGAUAUGUCCCGAGAAGGUGUCGGCGCAGGACACGGAGUCGCGGCUCUGGCGCGAGGGGGAGGAGGAGCUGCCCCCUUCCCGCGUCAACUUCCACAAGACCUUCAGCCUGCUCAUCAAUAUGGGGAACAUUGAGAAGGGCUGUAAACGAGCUCAGAUAAGCCGGGAGGAGCAGGUGUGGCAGAACGAGCUGAAGGACCUGAUCUGGCUGGAGCUGCAGGCCAAGCUGGCGGGCCGCACGCUGGCGCAGCAGGACGCCUUCCUCUGCGCGCAGCGGAACAUCGUGCCCAAGAUCAUACAGAACGUGCUCGAGUACAAAUUUGUAAAUAAAAACCCGUGUCGGAGAGCUUACAAUCUAUCUGCAGAUGGAUCUGACAAUAAAGAUAUUGAUGAAGCGGAGCAGAUGUACGGCUGCCUGGUGUUCGACUGCCAGCUGUGCUCGGACGCGGUGGGCAACGCCAUGCGCGAGGUGGGGCUGCUGCUGGACUCCUUCUACAACGCGGUGUCGCUCUACCCCUCCAGCCGGAACAUGACCAUCGAGCAUCCGCAGAUCGCCACGCAACACUUUAAUAAUAGGAUUAAGGCCAUGUGCCUGUGGUACAACACGGCGCUCCCGCUGCGCAUGAAGCUGGCGGCGCUGCGCCGCAUGUUCCGCAGCAUCAGGCGCAAGGCGCAGCGCCGCGCGCCGCCGCACCGGACCUCCGUCGACAGCCUGCUCAGCGGCGAGUCGACCCCCAGCCGGCAAUGCCAAGUGCGCUUCAACGUGGCUAACCCCUCCGGCUCUAACAAUAGCGACUGCAGCGCACAGUCUGCAGACUCCUGCAAAGAUGAAUGUCGAGAGGUCAAGGACGAGUGUCAAGAUGUCAAGGACGAAUGUCAAGAUGUCACGGACGGGAGUAAUGAGGUCAAAGACGAGACCAAUGAGGUCAAGCACGAGUGUCAUGAGGUCAAAGACGGCCAGGACGGAGAGGACAAAGAAUAUAGCGAGAGUCUUCAUGAAUCUGACUCUUUAGGAGUCCUUAAUAAUGAGCUGACGCAGCCGUCUUCCGAGUCGGAAUCAGACGAUGAAUCCCGGAGAAAUCAACAGCUAUGCUGUAACGGCAUGCCGCCGGCGUCGCCGCCCGCGCAGUGGGGCGCGCAGGACCCGCACGCGUCGCACGAGAGCGGGUACGUGUCCAGCGAGAGCGGCGCGUCCGCCGUGUGGGGGCCCGCGCUGGCCGUGGGCGCCUUCCAGCUGGGCCCGCUCGACGACUUCACGCACAUGCGCCUGCUCGACAAGUGCGAGGUCUCGCUCUUCAGAGAGCACCACCGUGAGAUCCUGAAGACUCAGGGCGUGCGCCGCUGCAUGAUGUUCAUACACAAGAUGCGCAUGAACCUGCUCGACAAAGUCUACAUGACGCUGGAAAAGCCAGAGAGCUUACCUACGGAAUCAUUAGACGAGGACCCUGAAGAGGUGUUCGAAGACUCCAAGGAUGACCUAAGACCUGAGUUUAUACAAGACGAGGAGGAGAUGAAGACUUAUGAACUGAAACGUUACGGCUGCUGGUCUGAGGAGUGCAUCGCGAUGCGCCUGCCGUCCUACCGUUCUCACUUCCUGCUGCUCUCCGCCACUUGUAUGGAGGCUGUGCACGACUACCUGUCCUUCAGGCUGGAGGCCACGCCCGAACAUCCCUCCUGCCUUACCGUCAAGCAGCUGAUCCACGAGCUGCGCGAGGGCCUGGACAUCUCGUCGGAGAUGCGCGCGCAGUUCGCGCUGAACGUGCGCGCGGCGCUCAUGGCGCGGCCGGCCGGGCCCGCCGCGCGCGACCUGCUGCUGCUCACCAACACCUUCGACAACACCGUGCGGAACCUGCUCAAGCAAUACCUGUCGUACCUGACGACCAUGUCGGAGACGGAGCACAUGCCCCGGCCGCGGCUGCAGGCGGAGUGGGCCUUCACGGCGCAGCUCGCCAAGAGGAUCAAGUGCGCCGCCGUACUCGCGCCGCUCACAUUCUCAAAAAUCACGUGCAAUCAACUGGACAGGCUGCUGCAGCAAUACGAGACUGAAAUCAAGAGUGUCGUCAAAAAGAAACCAAUUGAUCCUGACAAGCACUCCAUCUACGCGGUGUGCCGCAACGCGCAGAGCGUGUACGCGGGCACGCGCGACGCCGCGCUGCACGCCGCGCAGUGGGCGCGCGCGCUGGCCGCCCGUCUGGCGCGCGCAGAGCCGCCCGCCUACCUCGCGCAGAGGGGGGACAUCUUUAAAAGUCUGAUGUCGAUCCGCGACUUCAUCUACUGGCACAUCACGUUCAUCCUGGAGCGCAGCCGCGCCUUCCCCAGCAGCCCGGAGGAGCAGGUGCGGGACCUGGGCGAGGUGGUCGUCACGCGCGUGCGGGAGCUGCUGCUGCAGAUGUUCAAGCUCGGCUUCGAGCUGCACAAAGAGAUAUACAAGUACGUGCACGUAACCGCGCCGAUUGAGGAGUUGUCGCUGCGAAGGCGGCCCAUCUCGCUGCAGCCGGUGAGGGCGCCUGUUGUGGAGCGGCGGCGGAGGCCCGAGACCAUGGUCAUCCACGAGUCCGUCAACCCCAUGAUCCACAAAGAGCUGCACCGUUUCGCGGCGGAGUCCCCCUCGGCGGGCGCGGCGCCGCGGCGCUCGCUGAGCUCGGUGAGCUCGCCGCCGCCGCCGCUGCCGCCGCCGCGCAAGAACCGCUUCCUCAGGAGCGACAGCAUCGUCGACGAAUACGAGAACAGCGUCUUCGACGAGAGGCUCUUCGACAAUAUACACAACUUUGGUGAUAAUCCGACACAAGGCAGCAUCGAGCUCUUGCUCUCAGGCGAAGUUCCCGACGAGGCUGAGGAGGUGGAGAUGAGGGCGAGCGCGGGCGGCGUGAGCGGUGUGAGCGGCGUGAGCGAGGAGGAGCGCGCGUGGGCGGCGUGCGUGGCGCGCGCCAUCAUCCAGUUCGCGCGCUGCUGGAUGCUGUUCGUGGUGGAGCGCUGCGACCGCGGCCGGGGACUCAGGCCCAGAUGGGCGAGCCAAGGUUUGGAGUUCUUGAUGUUGGCGUGUGACCCGCGCAACACAAAACAUCUCAGCGAUGAAGAGUUUGAGGACCUGAAGCAGCUGAUGGACGGCUGUAUCUCCCACGUGGUGGGGUCCCGCGCCACCGCCGCCGCGCACUCGCCGCGACCCAGACCGAGACUGCCUAGUCCAUUCCCGUCCAACACGAGCCGCGAGCCGGCCGCGCCGCCGACGCCGCCGCCGCUGGAACCGGAACUGCUCUACGCCGACACCGAUACCACCAAUCACCGGCGCCGCGUGCUACAAGCUACGGAGCGCGUAGACAACGAGCGCGAUGAACGGCUACGGAGUACUCGCACCGUAGGCCGCGUGCUACAGGCCGCGCUCACCAGCUACGAGCCUAAACUUAGGCAGCUCACCUUCAAGUGGCAGCGAGGUCUCAAGAUCGGGGCCGGGACCUUUGGAAAGGUGUACACGGUGGUGAACACGGAGAGCGGGCAGCUGCUGGCCAUGAAGGAGCUGUCGGUGGGCAUCGGGGACCGGCGCGCGCUGCAGCGGGCCGCCAACGAGCUGCGCGUGCUGGAGGGCGUGCUGCACCCGCAUCUCGUGCGCUACUACGGCUGCGAGCUGCACAGGGAGGAGAUGCUGAUCUUCAUGGAGCUGUGCGUGGAGGGCUCGCUGGAGGCGCUGGUGGCCACGUCGGGCGCGCUGGCCGAGCACACGGCGCGCCGCUACACGCAGCAGUUGCUCAGCGCGGUGCACGAGCUGCACGCGCGCGGCAUCGCGCACAGGGACAUCAAGAGUGGAAACAUAUUCCUAACGAACGAGGGUCACUGCCUGAAGCUGGGCGACUUCGGGUGCGCCGUCAAGAUCCGCGCCAACACCACCGCGCCCGGGGAACUGCAGGGCUUUGUAGGGACACAAGCAUACAUGGCCCCCGAGGUGUUCAUGAAGACUUCGGGUCACGGGCGCGCCGCCGACAUCUGGUCGCUCGGCUGCGUCGUCACGGAGAUGGCGUCCGGGAAGCGUCCGUUCUGGCAGUACGACAGCAACUACCAGAUCAUGUUCCUGGUGGGCAGCGGCGGGCGGCCCGAGAUCCCCACCACGCUGUCGGACGAGGGCCAGGACUUCUGCAUGUCGUGUCUGACGCACGACCCGGACCUCCGGCCCAAGGCUGAGACACUCAACUUACAUCAUUUCCUUAUGGUGAAAUCAGACGAAACUGACUGCAACUGCGAGCCGGCCUACCUGAUCACAUAAUAGCAGCGUGACGUCACGACACGACACGACACGACACUGCCGGUCCCAGGCUCGAAACAUGGAACGGAGAAAUCGAAUGAUACGAUGAAACGACAUUUACAGAGAAGUCUGUUAGUCGAUAAAAUGAGAAUGUGAAGUAAUACAAGGAACUUGAACGCAUAGUGUUGACGGUGAAACCGCGUGGUUUGUGCGCGUGCAUAGUGUGUUUACUCUUGAUAUACAAUAGGUUAUCGCAUCGUCAGCUAAACGAUUUUUUAUAAAACAGCAUUGAACUUCAUUUGGUUAGGUUCAUAAAGGUAAACAGUCUUAGUUUUAGCUUUCAUUCAAUUCAAUUUAUUUUUGAAGGCACAUCUAAUUUGUUUACUUUUAUUGAAGUAACUUAACAAAUCAAAUAUAGAUUUUGGCGUUUAAAUAGAAACUGGUUAAACAUUAAUUAGGCAGUAUCACUGACGAAUGCAGGUACAUAAAUGUACAAUAGAAAAUGCUCAUUCCAAAGAGAUUCUAUUAAUGUUUUAUCUGAAGAACAAUCCCGAAAAAUAAUUAUAAGCAUAUUUUUUAUUCGAAUAAUUCUGUUCGUAAAUAAAAAUGUAUUUAUUUACCUCUGAGGUUAAUUUGAAUCAAUUUUAAUGAACUGACAGAUGAUAUUGUGGCGUUUGUAACACAAGUAUGAAAUAUUUUUCACUUAUGCCUAGAAUUCGCUGAAUCUUUUGCGCUUCGCAAGGCUUUUAAUCGAACUAUAAAUUACAACGGUUCCUUAUUUUUUACCUUAUUCGCACAGUGUAUGUAAAUGUACACUAAAGUAAAAAAGUAAAACGAGCUUUGGAUCUUAAACCUGUAAUGAAGCUGUUAUUACAUAAACAUUAUCAAAUACUUGAAAUUUAAAAGUCGAAAGUUAAAAGAGUGUGUAUUUUUGUACAUGUAAAAUGCAUAUUAAUAUUUUAGUACUUAAAAAUGAUUAUGACAUUUAUUUCUAACCAUUAUUAUAUGAUAAUGCACUUUUAAAGUGUUUGUUGCAUUAUGACUUGUUCUAAAUAAGAACUUAUUGAACUUAUGAAAUGAUUCAAACUUUGCCUGCCCAGGGCAUGGCUUGACUAAGCCAUUGAGUGAAGAUUGAAACUCGAAAAUGAUGAAUGGCUUUAUGAUUUGCGAACUUUUCUUGUGUAGGAUAUCACAUUCAGGCACUAGACUUGUUGUGUCUGCAAACUUUGCCUUUACCUGGGGCCUAAACUAAAAUUAUAAGAUUAUUUACACCUUCGACGUAGGUAGCUGUUGUCAGAGUUUUAGUACUUUGGACAUAAGUCCAUUUUAGCAAGAUCUUACUCGAAAUUCAGUGUGAAUAUCAUAUGUUUGCAAUUAAAUAAAUCUUCGGCUUUAAAAGCAGAAAAAUGAAUUGCAUUUUAAAUGUUAUGUUAAAGCAUUUGCGUGGCAUUACCCAGCGAGAUUUUGAAGAAUUUAUUUUAACUUUAUUUUUUGAUACAUGAUCAUCGUUUUCUUAUAUUUUAUAUUCACAUUGUCGAUAAUGCAUUUUUUUAAUUGUAAAUAUUGUUUUUAGUUCAUUAGACGUAUUAGAGUUGAACCAUAUUUUUAUAUACACUUUUAUAUUUAGGUACAUUAUAAUGCAUUUGUUAAUACGUCCUAGAUUAAACUGUAUUUAUUAAGGAAUUGUCAUAUGUAUAUAUUGUAGUUAUAAAAUAUAAAUGGAGAUCAAAUUAUUUUUUAAUAUUCACCUAUAGGGAUACAAUUUGUGAUGCCUUUCGUUCACAAGACUUCACUAUUACCAUUAUAUUUGACGACUUUAGGUUUCAACGACGCCUGUUCCCGCGCUUUGAAUCUUAAGUCGUCGAAUAUCGCAGAAUUCCGUUGCUUCCUGUGUGAACGGCCUAAGAUAAUUAUAACCAUUUUAAUGUCAGUAAUAGAGUAUUUAUUUUAUUUAAUAUUUUCAGGUGAUAUGGAUAAAAUUAAAAAUAUAACGUAAUUGAAUAUGAAAAUAAAAUCUGGAAAUGCCUUGAAUGUUAAUUAAAACAAAAACAGUUAUAAAUGUCCACUUGUUAUAGUUUACGAGUCUAUGGUAUACAUGUUGAUUUGUUGCAAUUUAUAUGAGAUUAUACGUCGUGGAAAUAAAAUGUAUUGGUAUACCUAUGC